UUACUCUCACAGUCCUGGCUCUGCUACAUUUUACUUCGAUUGUCCUACCCGAACAAUUGGAGAGUCCGUGACACUCCAUUGACACUCAGAUGGCUUCAACAAGCACAGCGGGAGACCGCAUCAAGAAGUUCCUCGGAAUUCCUGCCGACGAAAGACUCGACGACACAGCAUACUACGACGAUGGCUCCUUUGUAGAGUCGGAACCAACCACCCAAGACUUCCUCAACGAGAUCCGUCCGACAGUUCAGGGCACACUCAACUACCUCAGGGAAUUGUUUCCGUUUGUUAACUGGAUCUUCCACUACAACUUGACAUGGCUGUUGGGUGACUUUAUUGCGGGAGUCACGGUUGGCUUCGUCGUGGUACCGCAAGGCAUGGCUUAUGCAAAACUCGCCAAUCUCGCCCCUGAAUAUGGUCUUUACACUUCUUUCGUCGGUUUCCUGUUAUACUGGGCUUUUGCUACGUCUAAGGACAUCACGAUAGGUGCAGUCGCUGUAAUGUCCACCAUUGUUGGAAACAUCAUCGCGAACGUCCAAAAGGAUCAUCCCGACUUUGACGCCGGCGAUAUCGCACGAACACUGGCAUUUAUUUGUGGCGCGGUGCUUCUCUUCCUUGGUCUCAUUAGAUUCGGAUUCAUCGUCGAAUUCAUCCCCAUUGUGGCCAUCUCGGCUUUCAUGACUGGGUCAGCAAUAUCGAUUGCCGCGGGACAGGUAUCCACCCUCAUGGGCAUUCCCAACAUCAACUCCCGCGAGGAGACCUACAAGGUCAUCAUCAACACGCUAAAGGGGCUUCCCAAUACACAUCUGGAUGCCGCCAUGGGCUUGACCGCGCUAUUUGGGCUGUACUUUAUCCGUUGGUUUUGUACCCAAAUGGGGAAGAGGUACCCCCGUCAGCAGAGGGCUUGGUUCUUCGUCUCCACGCUUCGCAUGGUCUUUAUCAUCAUUCUCUACAUUCUGGUCAGCUGGCUUGUCAACCGGCACGUCAAGGAUCCGAAAAAGGCACAUUUCAAGAUCCUUGGGCAUGUUCCAAGUGGAUUUCAACACAAGGGAGCUCCCCGUCUCGAUAACGAAAUUCUCUCUGCCAUCAGUGGCGACAUUCCGACCACCAUUCUCGUUCUGCUCAUUGAACACAUCGCCAUCUCAAAGUCGUUUGGUCGUGUCAACAACUACAUCAUCAACCCAUCCCAAGAACUCGUCGCCAUCGGCUUCACCAACCUCCUCGGUCCUUUCCUCGGCGGUUACCCCGCUACCGGAUCAUUCUCGAGAACGGCCAUCAAGGCCAAAGCCGGUGUCCGCACGCCUCUCGCUGGCAUCUUUACCGCUGUUCUUGUCCUGCUCGCCCUCUAUGCGCUCACCUCCGUCUUCUUCUACAUCCCCAACAGCGCUCUCGCCGCCAUGAUUAUCCACGCCGUCGGCGACCUGAUCACUCCUCCGAGGGAGGUGUACAAGUUCUGGCUGACCUCGCCGCUCGAGGUGGUCAUCUUCUUCGCCGGAGUGUUCGUUUCCAUCUUCACCUCGAUCGAGAACGGUAUCUACGUGACCGUCGCUGCCUCCGGUGCCGUUCUACUAUGGCGCAUCGCCAAGAGCCCCGGCAAGUUCCUCGGCCAGACCGAGAUCUACACGGCACCCCGCGAGUUGGUGCGCGGCAGCAAGGACUCCGGGCUCACGCAAAGCCUGCUGCAGAAGUCGGAGCACCACACCGCCUUCUUGUCUCUUGACAGGGACGACCUCUCCAACCCCGAGCUGCAGAUCUCGACUCCCUGGCCCGGUAUCUUCGUGUACCGCUUCGGCGAGGGUCUGAACUAUGUCAACUCGGCGAAACACCUCGACAACUUGACCAUCCACGUCUUCAAGCACACUCGCCGGACGGAGUUGAACAAGUUCGAGAAGCUCGGUGACCGACCAUGGAAUGAUCCUGGCCCGCGCCGCGGCCAGGCCUUCCUAACCGACGAGCUCGUUGCGCGCCCGACCCUGCGCGCCAUCAUCCUCGACUUCUCCGCCGUCAACUGCAUCGACGUGACCGCCGCCCAAGCGCUGCAAGACCUGCGUAACCAGUUCGACCGCUACGCACACCCGGAUAAAGUCGAGUGGCAUUUCGCCGGCGUGUCUAACCGAUGGACCAAGCGCGCCCUCGUAGCGUCUGGGUUCGGUGUGGACUCGUCGCGAACGGCGAAGGUGCAGAGGGGAAACUACAAGGGCGAUGUUCAGGAGGUGGACCAGGGCCCGUUGGUUGCAAUUGGGCCUAGUGUUUCGGCUAGCGAUAUUGAGGCGGUGCCGGUCGGCACAAGUGGUUCGGGCAGUACGGACGAAAAGAGGCCUGAGGGUGAGGGUGGUGCUACAAAUGGUGAUGUGGAGAAGGGUAAUGCUAAUGGGGAGGAUAUCUCGACAGUGCCGACUGCGACCAGUGCUGAUGCUGGUGCGUUGGCAAGGGACGCUGGAGGGAAGAGGUUGGUGCCGGUGUUUGGGAUUAACAGGCCGUUCUUUCACAUUGACCUGGCGACUGCUUUGAAGAGCGCGGUAAGGAAUACCGGAGUGGUGGUUGCAGAGUGACGGGCCUAAU